GCUACUGCACGGCUGAGGGGUGAGCGUGAGCGCCCCGGUCCCGCUUGGAUGAAAUGUCAUUAAUGGGAGAAGAACCUAACUGUUUUAUUAAGUGCUGUGAACUUGUAGCAUCCGUAUUGUCCCAAGAAAAGAGAAUUAAUGACAGGUUAAUAGGCUGUAAAGAUGUACCUCCUUUGGUUUGUUUGGAAGCCGGCUGGCUUCAUACAGAUCUCCUGUUUGUCUUGCUGGAAAAGAAAGUGAAAACGAAUUGUCCCGCUAUUCCUCGUUUAUAGGAUUUUGUUACACUGUCUCUCCUUGUUUUAGCCACUUACUCAUACCAGUCUUUUUACCAGGGUUUUUUGGUUUUGUUUUUUUUUUUUUUUUAAGUUAUGAAUAUUCUUCAUUAUCCUCGUUGCUUUUAUUAGUACAUAGUCCUACUCUAUCCCUUCUCAGCUGGGAGGACAAGAGUGACGUGUAAUAUUCGAGAUGGAAAGGAGGCAUUAAUUUAUGUGGUAACAUAAUGAUGCUUAGUUUCUGUUGCUUGCCUAAUAACUCCUGUGGUCACUUUUACUUCCUUGACUGCCUUUCCAUCAUUGGGCAGAUGUUUUCAUGGGUUACCCUUAGAUAAUCAUGAGAUCUUGUUGAGUUACAACGUUAUCAGCUCUGAUAAUGUCAUUGUCUACAGAAAGUCAUGGAUCUUUUUCCCCCUUUGUUUUGCCGGUCAGGAUUAUUUUUCCCCCCUUUGUUUCACCACCUGCAUUGCUUUACCUUUAUCCACUCUGAAUUUCACCUUUACCUUUCAGUUGCUCAGUAUCAGGAGGUCUUUCAGAACCCCCACCAUAAGCCCUGUCUUUACUGCCUUGGGCCAAUUUUAACAUUGUUAACAAAUUCCUCAAAGUAUCCUCUUGGAGUGGCACAGCAUUCCUUGGAAUCACUGAUCAGUCUCAUUGUAUGCUUAUUGCACUGCUUGCAUCUGCUUCCAGCUCCUAAUGGCUUUGGGAAGAGCCAUGGGAAGGAGGGUUGGAGUGCAGUGCUCCCGUGAGAGUGCUCCUUGUGCAAUGGGCUUUUAUUCAUCCUCUUGAGGGCUUCUUGGAUAAGCACAGGCAGGGGGCCAGGGGAGUUGCCAUGGGUGCAUAUGCCUGGCACCUCUGCAGUAAAACACUGGCUACCAGCCCAGCUUGUAACACAGACAGUAGUUAACCUCCUUGCACAAACACAGUGCACACAAACUGUUAAGGGCACAUUUCUUAAUUGGACAGGAACUGACUAGUCCUGUCACAAGAUGAAGGAGAGUGCUUUUAUCUCUAGGUGGAACAGCAGCAGCAGUCUGUUCCAUGAAUCCACUCUGUGGACUGGGAAUCAAAUUUUAAUAAGGUUGAUUCAGCUGUUUAUUCUAAGGUGGUUAAAGUGAAAUGAAGUCCCAUCAGUGAUUACCAACUUGUCAGAGUACAAAUAAAAUAGAAUAAUGUUGUGUUUUCAUGAACGUGGAAGGUGCCUGAUAAUCUCUCCGUGAAGCUUACACUGGGCCAGUGUAUUUGAAUAGAGCAACAACAAACCCAAUGAGAGAGGAGAAGCAGCUGGAGCUGACCCUGGAGGCACUUAUCAGUCAGGUGGCUGACCUGAAGAACUCCUUGGUCAGUUUUAUCUACAAGCUGGAGAACGAGUAUGACCGACUCACAUGGCCUUCAGUUCUGGACAGCUUUGCAUUGCUCUCAGGACAGCUGAACACUUUGAAUAAAGUGCUAAAGCAUGAGAAGACCCCACUACUGCGAAACCAGGUGAUCAUCCCCCUAGUGCUGUCUCCAGACCGCGAUGAGGAGAUCAUGCGGCAGACAGAGGGGCGUGUCCCGGUGUUCAGCCAUGAAGUGGUGCCCGACCAUCUUCGAACUAAGCCCGACCCUGAAGUGGAGGAGCAGGAGAAGCAGCUGAUCACAGAUGCAGCUCGAAUUAGCCCUGAUGCAGCACAGAAACAGAUCCAAAGUCUGAACAAAAUGUGCUCAAAUUUGCUGGAGAAAAUCAGUAAAGAGGAGCGUGAAUCUGAAAGUGGAGGUUUACGACAGAACAAGCAGACCUUCAACCCUGCAGAUACCAAUGCACUGGUGGCAGCUGUGGCCUUUGGGAAAGGGCUGUCAAACCGGAGACCCCCAGGAUCUGGGGCAUCUGUGCAGUCGGGCCAGGCAGGAGCUGGUGCCAUCAUUGCAGGUGCUUCAGGCAUGCAGCAGGUCCCAAUGACAGGUGCACCAGCUCAGCAGCAGCCAAUGCUGGCAGGAGUGCAGAUGGCACCAGCAGGACAGCCAGGAAAAAUGCCGAGUGGCAUAAAAACAAAUAUAAAAUCUGCCUCAAUGCAUCCAUAUCAGAGAUGAGCUGAGAUGAACCAGACCCCUGGAACAGCAACAUUUGUUACUGCUGCAGGCACCCCACCUGGAUUCCUUCCAGGACUUCCAAGUCCCUUCACAUAUCCACACAAUUUAUCUGGGAACACAGGGUUUAUAAGCCCUUCCCUGGAUUUUAUUUAGUGCUGGGUGGCCUGUGUGGAGCUGCUGCUGGCCACGUCUCCUGGACACAAGUACUCUGUUCAGCCAGAGCAGAGGACUUUGCUUCCGGUAUUGAUGCCAUCUUCUCCAGGUCUGGCCUGGAGGAAAACUACCCUUUCCUGACACAGAACCUGAAGAGCUGCACAGAGCUCCUUGUUUCUGCUUGUUCACUUGGCAUGUUCUUUCUUUACUCCAUCUUGUUUAAUAAAGACCUUGUUACGCUCACUGUGA